AUGAGCAGCAAACGUAUCCGUAAUUUAUAUUCGCGACGAUCAAAUCAUGCAAAUAUUAAUAACCGUAAUCGUCAAGCUAAAAUAGCAGUCAGACCAUCGCCGAACCAAAUCAAAUCAGACCUUAUUGGGCACUUUCAAACGUGGUGUACGAGCUUACGAGCUACAGCAACAUUUGAAUUUGAUAAUGUUGAAGCACCUAAUCAUCGAUGCAAAAUGAUAUUUCCCUUGUUUCCUAAUUUACAAUCAAUUGGAAAUGGAGCAAGCACAAAGAAAGAAGCAAAAGCAAACGCAAUUAUUGCUUUUCUUGCACAUAUGGAAAAACGAAAGCAAGUGGGAUUAUUCGUACCCUAUAUGUUUCCAAAUCUACUUCGUAAUGUUCAAGCCGAAAUACGACAGGCAAAUGUUGCAACACCUGAUUUAACUGCAAACAUGAACGAAUAUCUAUUAGCCGAUCGAAUAGUACCACCACGUAUAGUAAAACAAUAUGAUAAAAUUAUCAAAAUUAUUCAACGCAUUUGUGAUGUUCACAUCGUAAGAUUUUGGCAAUCAGGAAGUAUUACGUUUGUUUAUAUAGUUGGGGCUAAAUCAAAAGAACAAUUUAUUCGACCAUAUGUAAAAGCUUUAUUUGAACCGGAUACUGAACAGAUGUUUAAUUAUGGAGAAAAACUAUUUGACAUAUUUAAUGAUGAAAAAUUUCUUGAUGGUGUUUGUCAACGACUCAAAGUUUUAUGUGAUAAUAAAUUAGAACAAUGUAAAUUAUUUAUUCGUGGAAGUUCCGUUAAUGUGCAAUAUUGUUAUAAUGAAUUCGUUAUACUUCGUCGUGAAUUCGAAAAUGAACUUCGUCGUGGUCAAAAAAAUUCGUCUUCGAAACCAAGUACGUCCACGAAUCCGUUUGAAUCAACAACUUUUAACAAACAGUUCGAAUCAACCCGUCUUGAUCAGGAUGAACAAAUACCUGCGGAAGAAAAAGAAGAUGAUCAAUUGCCAGAUUAUUCGGUUUAUGAUGAUGAUGUUAAUGCAUCCAUGUUGAGAGUAUUGAAAGAUGAAGAAGAUGGUGAUGAACAAAGAUUGAAUCAAGAAGCCACCACAAAUAAUGAACCGAUUCUUAUUGAAGUUUCUGACGAUUCAUUAGAUAGCCAAGAUUUACAGAUUGUUCAAACAAUUGAGCCAAAAACACAAAAGAAACCUGAUCAGCCACAAACAACGGCUCCACCACAAAAUACAUUCCAAAUAGUCACACCACGGCUUCAGCCGAUGCCUGAUUAUAUCAGUCUCUCUCAACCAACCAAGCAACCACUCGUACAAUUGUCUAUGAAGCCACCUGUACAUCCAAUCGUACAACCACCUGUACAACCGUCCAUACAAUUGCCUUUACAGCCAGCACAACGCCAACCAAUAAUUCUCCGUCAUAUUGUUCUAGAUGGACAGAAUGUUGGACGAAACUCCAAUGACUACAAUCGUUCAUUUUGUUGGUGUCGUUUGUCAAAUGCGAUCAAUUAUUUCAAAAAUCGUGGUCAUGAAAAUAUUAUUGCAUUUCUUCCUCUGUAUUAUCGGGAAUUUUCAAACAAACAGUUAUCAGCCAACGAUGCGAAUCGUGAACGUCAAACUCGUGAUAAUUUAAUUAAUUCACGUUAUAUUGCAUUUACACCAUCACGAUACAAUAAUGGAAAGCGUUUGACAAAUUACGAUGAUCGGUUUAUACUACAGUAUGCAGCUGACAAUGAUGGAGUUGUCGUUAGUAAUGAUAAUUUUCGUGAUCUUCAACAUGAACGAAGCUUUCAAUUUAUUAUCAACAAUCGAAUCUUACCAUUUGCCACUAUAAAUGAUACAUUUAUGCCUGCUACAGACCCUCUUGGUCGAAACGGGCCCAAUCUUGAUGAAUUCCUAUCGAAACCAUGUCAAUAA